GACACAUAACAAAACGUCAACUUGAAAAAAAUAAUAAUUACAUUUCACUACUCAAACAAAUAACUUCAUUGCUUCAAUACAAAGAAAUCAACGCAAAAACAAUAUUAUAUUUUUCAUAAGAAUGUUGAAGUGGAGUCAGUGAAUUUUUGUACAAGUUUUUUUUUAUUGCUCUGUUAAAUUGAGUCCAUCGAGCAAAGUUUUAGAAAAACAAUCACUUACACCCCGAAUAACGCAAUAACAAAACGAUUAUCGGAACCGUAUCGUUGUAGUUUAGUUUUGAUCCAAAGAAAUGACAUUGCCCGAAUUUUUUGGUUGUGCCUUUCUGGCAUUUGGACCACCAUUAGCCUUGUUCACCAUGACAAUAGCACAAGAUCCAAUUCGCAUUAUUAUUCUAGUGGCGGCCGCAUUCUUAUGGCUGUGUUCACUAUUAUUAUCAUCACUUGUCUGGUUCAUAUUCGUUCCACUUCGAGAUGUCACCAUUUUUGGAAUGGUGAUUUCCAUAAUCAUACAGGAGGCGUUUCGAUACGGAAUUUACCGGGUCUUACGUGAAACAGAAAACGGACUACAAUUAGUUUCGGAUAACUCGCGAAUUGUUGAGAAUAAACAUAUUUUGGCUUACGUCAGCGGCUUGGGAUUUGGCAUCAUGUCGGGAGCAUUCGCUUUGGUCAAUAUUUUGGCUGAUUCGGUUGGUCCAGCGACCGUUGGUCUAUUAGAAGGGCAUCAAUACUUUUUGCUAACCAGUUCAGCGCAGGCAUUGUGCAUGAUUUUAUUGCAUACAUUUUGGAGUGUAAUUUUCUUCAAUGCCGUCGACACCCAAUCACGAUUACACAUCGGCUACGUUAUAGUCAGCCAUUUGAUUGUAUCCUGUAUAACAUUGCUGAAUAGCUACCAAAUGUAUACGCUUACAUUGACCACAAGCUAUUUUAUCACAGUGGCAACAGCCGUAAUCGCAUUUCGUGUCGUGGGUGGCACGAAAGAUUCGUUCACACGUUUCAUCACAUGUAAAUAACAACAACGAUCUUCUUCUAUAUAAGGGCAACAACAAAAAAACUCAGUUCAACUUGCGAACUCGUUUGUCGUCCGAGUGUUAUCCACACUUAUUUUUUUUAAAGCUCAGCAAGCUAUCAUUUUAGAAAAAAAAGCGAUAAAAAUACAUAUUCAUGGAUGUGUUUGUAUCAUUUCGAUUAUGAAUGAAUCGAAUUCGACUUUAGGUAUUAACUCUUUUAACCAUUCUAGAUGUAAUAAGUUUAUGUGUAUUUCUUUUGAUGGUAUAGCGAUUUUUUGAGUACAAAAAAAUAUUUCAAAA